CACCUUUUCUAUCAACCAAAAUACUAAUUCAUUUCGAUCCAGGUGUCAGUUGAAUUUUGUCUACUUCCACAAAAAGAAGAAAAAUGUUGAGUGGUGUAAAAAUGAGAGUUCUAGUUGGAUUGUCUAUUUUCUUAUUUAUACAAGUUGCACAUGGAAGUAAUGAAGAUAUAUGUAUAUGCUGUGGAAUUGAUAUUUUGCAACAGAAUAAAGAUAAUUGUUCCAUACUCCUUACCCCUAUAACUGAUGAUGAUUUGGUGAUGCUUCAGAAACUUUGUGUAAAAGAUCAAACCAAUGGAUGGACAGACAGUACUGGACAAUUUCACAGAGAUUUAUACCCUCCCUACAUGUCUAUCAAACCUUAUCUAUCAGUUGAGGGGUGGAAAAUUUCACCAUUAGAAGACUUUUAUUUCGAAGACUGCAAAAAAGACUUGGAUGACCUAUCAGAAAUGCUUUUCUGGAUCAAGAACACAAAUUCUACUGAUUUGGAUUUGAAGAUCAAUGAAGGAUUCCUUGCGCGAAAAAUUAUGAAUACCGGAACAGAUGAAAUAAUAUCACAAUUGGGCAUGUACUACAAAUUUAUUGGUAGAAAUUCGUAUUUGCGAGCAGAAUUUAUACCAUAUGAAAUCGAUGGUGUUCCGGAUAUAAGCUCAUUCCCUGGAUACUACCAAUACCUAAUACGACGUAUACCUGUCUCUUACGAAGUAAAGGAUCCUCAAAAAAUUGCAAAAUUCAGUAGAGAGAUUCAAGAGGAACACCUUGGUGUUUUUACCUACUACAACCCCUCAAACUAUCCUCAAAAGUUUUCCAUAGAGAUGGCAUUCCCAAGUGAUGUCUUAUAUGAAACUGAAGAGUAUCUAGUUCCUGAAAGGCCUCUAAAAUACAUCGGACCAAAUGAAACACUUCAGUUGAAGACUGGAGAAUUUCUAACACAAACCGUGAACUACACCGUCACUUUUAACAUUACUGUUAAGCCCCAUCGAACAGUUACCGCUAAAGUUGUUGGUGUUUGGACCAGGUACGACACCAAGUUCACAGCCACUCUCAACACGACUUUCCUAAAACUUGGAAAUUACAUAGAGUCUGACAUCAAGCACAAUGUUACGGGAAAGAAAAUCAACAUCAGCUUCGGAAGAUUCUACCUCAAAGACAUUCAAGAAUAUCAUUCUAAUGAAAUUAUUAUUCUCAGUUAUUCAGCAAUAAGUGGCAUAUUAUUUGGCUUAGCCUUCCUUCUUUGUCUCGUGCUCCUGUUUUACAUUGUGAGGAGGAUCAAAAAAUGCUGCAGAAAAACACCAUCUUCAGACGGAUACACAGUGUUGAAUGAUUAAAAAAAAUCCCCGUGUUUCUAUUUCGUUUCGUUAACUGAUAAGCUUGGUUUGGUGAUAUAUCAUUAAACCUGAGAUAAGUUAAAAAAAA